UAAUCUAAAUUCUAAACAAAAAAUAUUAUUGUUUUUAUCAUUAACAUAACGAGAGUUUUUCUUGUAAUCGAGUAUAUUGAAGAAUGAUUUAAUUAAUCUUCUUUUAUUAUAUUUUGGUUUAAGCUGAUGGUCUUGUUACCAAUGCUCUAAAUAAAUAAAUCUAACUAUAUUAAUAAUUAUAUGUGUAUCAUUUUACAUAUUAUUUUUAUCCUACAUUUAAAAGUUCAGCAAUGAAUGAAAUUGAUGAUAAGUUUUACUACGUAUAUAGCUCAGCUCUUGAUCACAAAGUUGAAAUAAAAAUAGGAACACUUGAAGGUAAAAGAGCAAAGCCUGAAUAUGAUAAACUUUUAUCAGAUCCAAUGCUCAAAUUUUCCGGAUUAUAUCAAGAUGGUUGUUCAGACUUAUAUGUUACCUGCCAAGUACUGUGUGAUGGAGUGCCACUCGCUCUUCCAGUGACCACCUCCUACAAGGCUUUCAGCAAUAGAUGGAAUUGGAACGAAUGGAUCACACUUCCAGUCUGCUACAGUGAUCUUCCUCGCAAUGCAAUACUCGCCAUGUCCAUCUAUGACUGUGCAGGACCCGGUAAGGUGAUGGUGGUGGGAGGCACCACUAUAUCACUGUUUGGUAAACAUGGCAUGUUGCGACAGGGUAUGUUCGACCUCCGCGUGUGGCCUGGCGUUGAGGGCAGUGAGAAAACCCCAGGGAAGGCCCCGGAUAGAGGAAAGGAGCAGAUGCAGCGACUGGCAAAGCUGGCCAAAAAGCACCGGAAUGGACAUAUGCCUAAGGUAGAUUGGCUGGACAGGCUGACGUUUAGAGAGAUAGAGAUGAUAAAUGAGAAGGAGAAACGGAGCUCCAACUACAUGUACCUCAUGAUAGAGUUCCCCACCGUGCAGAUCGACGGAAUCAGUCAUGCGGUGGUCUACUACGAGCAAGAUGGUGACGAGAUGUUCCAGUUCAGAGCUCAGGGGGAGGUGGUCACCGUACCGGACUACGAGAUCAUGCAGGAAAAUUUAGUAGAGAGCAAACAACACCGACUGGCGCGCUCAGUCCGCGGUCUCGCUCCCGCGCGCGACGCCAAGCCGUCUGCGAGCGAGAGAGACAGACUGAGCGCUCUCAUAGCAGCGCCCGCAGCGCCUCUGUCGGCCGACGACCAGGACCUCAUAUGGAAGUAUCGCUUCUACCUGUCUUCACACCGGCGCGCGCUCACCAAGUUCCUGGAGUGUGUCAACUGGAAUAGGCCAGGCGAGGUUCGGCAGGCGCUCUCGAUGAUGAAGCAGUGGUCUCCGAUGGAUGUGGAAGAUGCACUGGAACUUCUGACGCCCAAGUUCACGCAUCCCGCUGUUAGGAAAUACGCGAUAUCUCGAUUAAAGCAAGCACCUGAUGAGGAUCUGCUACUGUAUCUACUUCAGCUGGUGCAGGCGCUCAAGUAUGAAAACUUCCAUGAGAUACAUCAAGAGUACGCGCGUGUGUGUGGUGAUGCAGGGGCGAGCAGUGGGGACAACGCACUACUCGCGUCUGUAUCAGCGAGUGAGAUGAGUAGCUCGGUGACGGGUCACCAGUCCGAGGACAGCGACACGCACUCGCCGGCAGAUGGCGACACAUCUAAUCCCGCGUCAGAGAAUGAGCAAGAGAUGGAGGAGCAGAGCCUGGCGCAUUUCCUGAUCAGCCGCGCGUGCGUCAAUACCGUGGUGGCUAACUACCUUUACUGGUACCUGCUGAUCGAGUGUGAGGCCUCGGAGACGGGCCGCGAGGACGCGCGAGAUAUGUACCUGGCCGUCAUGAAGACCUUCUCUCACCGCCUGGCGCGAGGCGAGACCUGCCACCAGCGCACGCGCUCGGAGCUGGCGCGGCAGCAGGUGUUCCUGGACCGGCUCGUGUCGCUGGUGAAGGUGGUGGCUCGUGAGAGCGGCAACCGGAACCGGAAGGCGGAGCGGCUGCAGCACCUGCUGGCGGACCCCGACGCCUGCAAGUUCAACUUCACCAACUUCGAGCCCAUGCCCUUCCCGCUCGACCCCACCGUUCACAUCAAGGGUAUAGUGGCUAAGAAAGCCAGUCUAUUCAAGUCAGCGCUGAUGCCGUGCAAGCUGACGUUCCUCACGAGCGAGGGCAGCGAGUACGAGGCCAUCUUCAAACACGGAGACGACCUGCGCCAAGACCAGCUCAUCCUGCAGAUGAUCACUCUCAUGGACAAGCUACUGCGCCGAGAAAACCUCGACUUAAAGCUUACUCCGUACAAAGUGCUGGCCACCAGCUCAAAGCACGGGUUCGUCGAGUUCGUGGAGUCGGUGACUGUGGCCGAGGCGUUGGCCUCCGAGGGUUCCAUCCAGAACUUCCUUCGGAGACACAACCCUUGCGAGGGCGCUCCCUACGGCAUCCGGCCAGAAGCCAUGGACACCUACGUGCGAAGCUGCGCCGGCUACUGCGUCAUCACCUACCUCUUGGGUGUGGGUGACCGUCACCUCGACAACUUGUUACUGACCCGCGCCGGUGCACUCUUCCACAUCGACUUCGGGUACAUCCUGGGCCGCGACCCCAAGCCACUCCCGCCCCCCAUGAAGCUGAGCAAGGAGAUGGUGGAGGCCAUGGGGGGCGUCCACUCAGAACACUACCACAGGUUCCGCAAGCAGUGCUACACAGCGUUCCUACAUCUCAGGAGACACGCCAACCUGAUGCUGAACCUGUUCUCGAUGAUGGUGGACGCUUCGGUGCCGGACAUAGCACUUGAGCCGGACAAGGCGGUCAACAAAGUGCAGGACAAGCUGAGGUUGGACCUAGGCGACGAGGAGGCGGUACACUACCUUCAGAACCUGCUGGAUCUGUCGGUGACUGCUGUAAUGGCCGCGCUCGUCGAACAAUUCCACAAGUUCGCGCAGUACUGGCGCAAGUGAUCACUUGUCCGCAUUAUUUUUUCUCACCAGCGGGAGGCCCUUUUUCACAGGAUACCGGCUAGAUUACGGGUACAACAACGGCGCCUAUUUCUGCCGUGAAGCAGUAAUGUGUUAACAGUUCUAUGUUUCGGUCAAAAGGGCGCCGUAGCUAGUGAAAUUACUGGGCAAAUGAGACUUAACAUAUUAUGUCUCAAGGUGACGAGCGCAAUUGUAGUGCCGUUCAGAUAUUUUUAGGUUUUCUUAACGGCAUUGCAUUGUAAAGGGCAGGGCGUAUCAAUUACCAGCAGCUGAACGUCCUGCUCGACUCGUCCCUUAUUUUCAUAAAAAAAAUAUAUAUAUUUGGAGGAAAGUGGACUGGAUUAACCCAAUGUGCUCUUCAUACUUAUCUAAUUAAAAAGAAAAAAUAUUUCCAAUGAGCACUUAUUCAACUAAAAUAUUAGUAUUAUACAUAGUUACAUAGCAUGGAAAAAGAAAGAAAAUAUAUUCAAGAUGUUAUAUUUAAUUUUAUCAAACAGUUCAAUUUUAUUUAUGUCAGAUGUGGGUCACAUUAAUGCACGGCGAAGCGGGAUUCGAAAUACAGAACUAUUUAGACACGUCAUAUCUUAGAUCAUUUAUAAGGGCCCGGCCACAAAACUGCGUUGCGGCGUCGCUUCGUAAAAUGCUACGACGCCGCAGAAUGCUUAUAAAAAAAAAUAGCACUCGAAUUGAGAACCACCUCCUUUUCGAGGUCGGUUAAAAAAAAUUCUAUAAUUCUGUAUCGAAUCCAAUUUCUAUUCUCAAUUUUUCCAAGAAACAGUUCUAUAUUAUGUAUAGAACUGUCAAACCGUGCGUUAAUAAAAUCUCUCAUAGAAAAUAUGUCCAUGUAAAACAAAUAUUUGAAAUAAAUAUAAUUAUGGGUCCUAAAUCGAAAUAAAAACUAUCCUAUCUCUCAAGUUGGACUAAACUGCACUCGAUGAAGUAAUCCCCAUUUUAAUCCGUUCAUUAGUUUAGGAGUCCAUCGCGGACAAACAACGUGUCACGUAAUUUAUAUAUAUUAUAUUAAGAUUGGUAAAAUUUACGUAUAGGUUGAAUUAAGAUGUAUUUUUCCGACUAGGUCCCAAUUGCAUAUUACUGUAUGAGGUAUUUUCAAUUAUUGCCUGUUCUGGUUUUAACAUAAUUACGAUUCUUCUGUUGCCAUGAAAUAUAUUAUUUUUAAUUCAAUAUUAACAUGGACUGUGAGUACACCACACAAGUUCUUUCAUAAAUGGAUACCAUUUUAAUUUUGACUGUGACCUAAAUUCGUUAGUAGGUCAUAUUAAUACUGUAAUUCCAUAACACCCGGAUAUCAAACUCAGCAAUGUUUCGGGCAAACAGUUAAAUAAUCAAAUAUUUGCUGACUUUCCUACGGCUAGCAGCUAAGCGAGCGGAAUUAAUUUAAACACUUAGAUUAAGGAUUGAUCUCCACUGCGCUCCAAAAAGAUACCGCAGGCGUAGUAGCAAAGUGCGGUAACUAUUACUACCCUCAAGUGAGCGUACUUGAGCCAGUCUCGAGCAAUGUGUUGACGUGCCACAUGUUCUGUUCAAUAUUGCUAAUAUUUGAAUGUGCCGGGUAAAACUUUGUUAAUAUAAUAGUACAAGAAAUAAGAAAGACACUGGGAUCACAUAACAUCAGUAAAAAUAUUUUUUAUUAAUUUUAUUGUAAAAUAACACAAAGCGUAUAAUAUCUUGUAAAAUCUGUUUGAUGCCAUUGGAUCACUUUGCGUUGCGUAGAGACGUCGCUUCAUUGUGUGUCUUCUACCGCAUUUAUCACGGGGAGUGUUCCCAAGAGCUGUUUAACCUGAUUCCUGCCGCCGAAUUCCACCUUCGCAUGACUCGCCACAAGUUAAGAUAUCAUCCCCACCAUCUGCAUGUGUGGCGGUCCUCCACAGUGCGGUUUUCAAGGAGCUUUCUCCCUCGUACUACAACGCUGUGGAAUGAGCUUCUUUGUGCGUUGUUUCCGGGACGAUACGACAUGGGUACCUUCAAAAAAAGCGCGUACACCUUCCUUAAAGGCCGGCAACGCUCUUGUGAUUCCUCUGGUGUUGCAAGAGAAUGUGAGGUGACCCGUACGCUCGUUUGUCCUCCUAUUCCAUAAAAAAAAAUUGAGUGUCAAGAUGCCACCACACACAAAAAUCUCUACAAAUAGCCAAUAGACACUACAAUAUAGUUGCUGUAAUAAGAAAGCUAUUGUUCUUAGGUAGUGCGGUAUCUAGUUGGAGCGCAGCGGAGACCAAUCCUUAAUCUAAGAUUAAUCCUAAGAAAAUAAUUAUAAAUUGAAUGGGGUUACUUGUAACUUAAUCUAGGAUCUUUUAAACAUUAUGUUUAUAUAACAUUAUAAAUAAUAAUUGAUCUUUCUCUCGCUGCUAAUUAUAUUUGAACAAAUUAUUUUAAUAUAAUAGAUACAUGAGUUUUAAGUUACUUGUACUCGAAAUUAAAUCUACUUAAUAAGGAACAUUUAAUUUUUAUUGUGAUUUAUGUUAAAACAAAGCAUAAUUUUAAAAUAUGUGAAGCCUGAAAACUAUAUUAUCAUUUGUAAUGAAUAUUACUAUAGUAAAUAAUAUUGUUUUUCAUAAAUAUAAUUGUUAAUUUUUGUACUGUGAUAAAAUUAAACUAUUUUCAUAAUGA